AUGAACAUAAGCAGGAGGUACGUUUGGCUUCUUGCCAUCUUGAUUGGUUCAUUCUUUGGUUACUUGGUAUUCAAAUCACGCUACACAACUCCUUAUUUAUCCAAACUUCAGGCCGGUCAAAAUCAUGGUGGAGCGAAGACUGUGAACGCCACGAAAAGUGUUGCUACCAGCACUAUACAAGUCAUUGUAACUACGAAAAUUCCUGGUGAUGAACGUCUCCAAAUCGGCCAUUAUGUUUCUAGACUUAACUCUUCCAUAAUUGGAAAAGAGUUCAACUUUGAUGAUUCAACUCUAGCUGUGGUAAGGAGAGUUCUUCGGGAUCAAACCUUCAAGCGAAAGCCAAUCGAGUCCGUUGAUGCCAAGACGCCAUUUUUUGAUCUCGUGACUCCUGUAACCGGGUGUUCGAGUAACCACUACGGCGAAUUCAAACCGCACAUAGAAGAUUUUAGAAAGAGUUUCCCUGGAACGAAAUGUUUUUUCUACGAUCUUGGACUAAACGAUGAGCAGAUCAAUGAAGUUAAAAACAUGCCCGACCUAGUGUACAGAAAAUUCGACUUUAAUGCGUAUCCUGAACACGUCCGUAACCUGCAAAAUUAUGCCUGGAAACCGCUGAUAAUUCAAGAAAUGCUUUCUGAAUUUGAUGGGACAAUGUGGUUUGAUUCAUCUGUCAGAUUCUUAGGAAACCUAGCAAAUAAUGUAAUAGAACUUAUGUCCCGCCACAAUACAGGCGUAGUUUUUUAUCUCGACACAACCGGCCACUCCAUAAUAACCGCUACUCAACCGGGCAUGUUUGAAUACUUUCCGAUGAUGAAAGAAGGCGCAGUUAAGGACAUGCUUCAGGCCAGUGCAGUGAUUUACAUAAACAGGGAUGAAGUACAAAGGCAUAUAAUCAAAUGGGUUGUGAUUUGCGCCCUCAAAGAGGACUGUAUCGCACCGCCCGGUUCAACAUUAUUUUGUGGGUUUAAUUUUCCUCGAGACAGGUUUGGGGGCUGCCACAGAUAUGACCAGUCUCUGCAAAAUAUCCUUGUUUCGAACGCUUAUAACCAUGACCACGAGAAAUAUCAGUACUGGAGUAAAGAUUUUGCCGUUAUGGCCCGGGGGUAA